GGCCGCAGCUAUCAUCCCUGUUAUAACUAUUUCCUCUACGGAGUAUAUUUAGCUCUUCGUAAAAUGGAGGAUCAUCUCGCGCGAUCGCUGGAUCUCUUCAAGGGCGCACGGGCGCUAGAUGCCGGCUGUGGAUAUGGUCAUGUUGCUAUUCAUAUGGCUCGCAAGCAUCAUCUGGAAGUAACAGCCAUUGAUGUUGUGGACCGACACGUGGCGCGAGCUCAGAGAAAUGUCGCAGCCGCAGGGCUUAGGGGAGCUAUCGUGGUGCAAAAAGCCGAUUACCACCACCUCGAUUCCUUCUCCGACUCCUCAUUCGAUGGGGUCUACACCAUGGAAACGUUUGUACAUGCUACAGAUCCAGCCGCCGCCCUUGCCGGGUUCUUCCGUGUCCUAAAGCCGGGAGGAUCGAUUGCUCUCGUUUAUUCAUUAUUUAAGUUUUGAAUCACGGAUUGGUGGGAUACUCGUAGCCUUCCCCACUGCGGCCUA